GGUACUCUAGAGAUAGUAAAAUAUCUUGUUGAAAAUGGCGCUGAUGUAAAUGGAACGAGUACUAACGGGAGAUCAGUGCUGCACAGUGCUGUUGUUACUAAAGGUGCGCUAGAAAUGGUAAAAUACCCCCUUGAAAACAGCACUGAUGUAAAUGGAAAGGAUAAUAACAGAAAAAAAGUGUUGCAUUCUGCUGUUACUAAACGCACGCUAGAAAUGGUAGAAUAUCUUUUUGAACAUGGCGCUGAUGUAAAUGGAAAGGACACUAACGGCUGGUCAGUGCUUCACAGUGCUGUUACUGAAGGUGCGCCAAAAAUAGUAAAAUAUCUUAUUGAACAUGGCGCUGAUGUGAAUAGCAAGGAUAUUAAAGGCUGGAAAGUGCUACACGCUGCUGUUGCUAAAGGUAUGCUAGAAAUAGUAAAAUAUCUUGUUGAACGUGGCGCUGAUGUAAAUGGCAAAUAUACUCAUGGAUGGACAGUUUUGCACUAUGCUGUUACAGAAAGUACGCUCGAUAUAGUAAAAUAUCUUGUUGAAAACGCCGCUGAUGUUAAUGCAACGAAUACUGACGGGUGGGCAGUCUUGCACUAUGCUGUUACUGAAUAUGCGCUAGAAAUGGUAAAGUAUCUUGUUGAACAUGGCGCUGAUGUAAAUGGCAAGAAUACAGACGGAUGGACUGUGUUGCACAGUGCUGUUACUAAAGGUACGUUAGAAAUAGUAAAAUAUCUUGUUGAACAUGGCGCUAAUGUAAAUGGAAAGAGUACUAACAGGAGGACAGUGUUGCAGAGUGCAGUGUUGCGAAGUGCUUUUGCUAAAGACUGGCUAGAAAUCACCAAAUGUCUUGUUCUAAGCGAAACUGACAUAAAUGGCAAGGAUAUUGACGGGAGGACAGUGCUGCACUCUGUUGUUACUAAAGAUACGCUAGAAAUGAUAAAAUACCUCGUUGAAAACGGCGCAGAUGUAAAUGAAAAGGAUUAUGACAGGAAGACAGUGUUGCACUCUGCAGUCACUGAAGGUACGCUAGAAAUAGUAAAAUAUCUUGUUGAACAUGGCGCUGAUGUACAUAGCAAAGUUAUUGGAGGGUGGACAGUGCUGCACGCUGCUGUUACUGAAGGUACGCAAGAAAUAGCAAAAUAUCUUGUUGAAAAGGGCGCUGAUUUAAAUGGCAAGUAUACUCAUGGAUGGACAGUCUUGCACUAUGCUGUUACUGAAGGUACGCUUGAUAUAAUAAAGUAUCUUGUUGAAAACGGCGCUGAUAUAAAUGGAAUGAAUACUGACGGGUGGACAGUCCUGCACUAUGCCGUUACCGAAGGUACGCUAGAAAUUGUAAAAUAUCUUGUUGAACAUGGCGCUGAUGUAAAUGGACAGAAUAUUGACGGAUGGACAGUGUUGCACAGUGCUGUUACUAAAGGUACAUUAGAGAUAGUAAAAUAUCUUGUUGAGAACGGCUCUAAUGUAAAUGGAAAGAAUACUAACGGGAGGACAGUGUUGCAGAGUGCUUUUGCUAAAGACAGGCUAGAAAUUACUAAAUAUCUUGCUCAAAGCGGAGCUGACAUAAAUGGCAAGGAUAUUGAAGGGGGGAGAGUACUGCACAGUGCUGUUGUUACCGAAGAUAGGCUAGAAAUGGUAAAAUACCUUGUUGAAAACGGCGCUGAUGUAAAUGGAAAGGAAAAUGACAGGAAGACAGUGUUGCACUCUGCAGUACCUAAAGGUACGCUAGAAAUAGUAAAGUAUCUUUUUGAAAAUGGCGCUGAUGUAAAUGGAAAGGACACUAACGGGUGGACAGUGCUUCACAGUGCUGUUGCUAAAGGUACGCUAGAAAUAGUAAAAUAUCUUUUCCGAAACGGCGCGGAAAUAAAUAUCAAGGAUAUUUACGGGUGGACAGUGCUUCAUAGUGCUGUUGCAAAGGGUUCGCUAGAAAUAGUGAAAUAUCUUGUUGAACAUGGUGCUGAUGUGAAUAGCAAGGAUAUUAAAGGAUGGACAGCGCUGCACGCUGCUGUUACUAAAGGUACGCUAGAAAUAGUGAAAUAUCUUGUUCAAAAUGGCGCUGAUGUAAAUGGCAAGUAUACUCAUGAAUGGACUGUCUUGCACUAUGCUGUUACGGAAAGUACGCCUGAUAUAGUAGAGUAUCUUGUUGAACAUGGUGCUGAUGUAAAUGGAACGAAUACUGACGGGCGGACAGUCUUGCACGAUGCUGUUACUGAAGGUACGCUAGAAAUGGUGAAAUAUCUUGUUGAAAGUGGCGCUGAUGUAAAUGGUAAAAGUAAUGAGGGGGAGACAGUGUUGCGCUCUGCAGUUACUGAAGGUACGCUUGAAGUGGUAAAAUAUCUUGUUGAAAACGGCGCCAAUGUAAAUAGCAAAAAUGCUCACGGGAUGACAAUCCUGCACAGUGUUGUUGUUACUGAAGGUACGUUAGAAAUGGUUGAAUACCUCGUUGAAAAUGGCGCAGAUGUAAAUGGAAAGGAUAAUGAGAAGAAGACAGUCUUGCACUCUGCAGUUACUAAAGGUACGCUAGAAAUAGUAAAAUAUCUGGUUGAACAGGGUGCUGAUGUAAAUGGAAAGGAUACUAACGGGGAUGUAAAUGGCAAGAAUAUUAAAGGAUGGACAGUGCUGCACGCUGCUGUUACUGAAGGUAGGCUAGAAAUAGUGAAAUAUCUUGUUGAACGUGGCGCUGAUGUAAAUGGCAAGUAUACUUAUGGAUGGACUGUCUUGCACUAUGCUGUUACAGAAAGUACGCUUGAUAUAGUAAGAUAUCUUGUUGAACAUGGUGCUGAUGUAAAUGGAACGAAUACUGACGGGUGGACAGUCUUGCACGAUGCUGUUACUGAAGGUACGCUAGAAAUGGUGAAAUAUCUUGUUGAAAGUGGCGCUGAUGUAAAUGGUAAAAGUAAUGAGGGGGAGACAGUGUUGCGCUCUGCAGUUACUAAAGGUACGCUAGAAGUGGUAAAAUAUCUUGUUGAAAACGGCGCCAAUGUAAAUAGCAAAAAUACCCACGGGAUGACAAUCCUGCACAGUGUUGUUGUUACUGAAGGUACGUUAGAAAUGGUUAAAUACCUCGUUGAAAAUGGCGCAGAUGUAAAUGGAAAGGAUAAUGAGAAGAAGACAGUCUUGCACUCUGCAGUUACUAAAGGUACGCUAGAAAUAGUAAAAUAUCUAGUUGAACAGGGUGCUGAUGUAAAUGGAAAGGAUACUAACGGGUGGACAGUG